UGUUUUGGCCGAUUCAAGAUGGCGGUGCAGGAGUCAGCUGCUCAGCUCUCCAUGACCCUGAAGGUGCAGGAGUACCCGACCCUCAAGGCUCCAACCUUGUCAGACCUCCAGAGCACCGUCUGCUCGUACCCGAGAGAGCCCCAGGCUGCCUCUGCCUUCCGGAGUCCCGCCAAAGCCAGAGCACGGCUGCAGUGCUGUCUUCUUACCCUAUGCAUACUCCUGAGCUCCUCCCGUCUCUCGCGCCUCUGCUCGGACACUUGGCCACAGACGAGACACUGGGGUGGUGUGGGCCUUCGGGGACAGGUGCAGGUCCACGUCGGGGUGCCCUACGAAACACUGAAUAAACGCUUUCGGGCUGCUCAGAAAAACAUUGACCGAGAGACGAGCCACGUCACCAUGGUGGUGGCUGAGCUGGAGAAGACCUUGAGCAGCUGCCCCGCUGUGGACUCUGUGGUCAGCCUUCUGGAUGGUGUGGUGGAGAAGCUCAGCGUCCUCAAGAGGAAGGCGGUGGAGUCCAUCCAGGCUGAGGACGAGAGUGCCAAGCUGUGCAAGCGCAGGAUCGAGCACCUCAAGGAGCACAGCAGCGACCAGCCGGCGGCGGCCAGCCUGUGGAAGAAGAAGCGCAUGGACCGCAUGAUGGUGGAGCACCUGCUGCGCUGUGGCUACUACAACACGGCGGUGAAGCUGGCCCGUCAGAGCGGCAUCGAGGACUUAGUGAACAUUGAGAUGUUCCUGACGGCCAAAGAAGUGGAGGAGUCCCUGGAGAGGCGGGAGACGGCCACCUGCCUGGCCUGGUGUCACGACAACAAGUCCCGGCUGCGCAAGAUGAAGGGCCGCCAAAGCGAGCACGACGCGAAGACGGGACGGAAAAGUAGAGUGGCCAGUGGCUCCCCUAAAGAGAGUGAGGAUCUUGGUAUGGAAACCAUAAAAGGAAAGCCAGAAUUGAGUUGCCUGGAGUUCAGCCUGAGGAUUCAGGAGUUCAUUGAGCUCAUCCGGCAGAACAAGAGACUAGACGCCGUGAGACAUGCGAGAAAGCACUUCAGUCAGGCCGAAGGGAGCCAGCUGGACGAGGUCCGCCAGGUCAUGGGCAUGCUGGCCUUCCCACCGGACACGCACAUCUCGCCCUACAAGAUGUUUGCAGCUGAACUGCUCACGGUGCCAUCCUGGAGAACCUAGGAAUUCGGACAGCCUUCCCCCACUCCUCCUGGCUCCUCCCCCUUGGGGGCCCCUUGGCCAUCAGCCCUUGGUCACGCCUGCCCUGGUGUCCUUAGAAAGGCUUGCUUGGCUGUGACCUUGGUGUUCUCUCUGAGCAGCUUUCUCAUUUUUCGCAACACAGAUGGAAGUUUCCAGAUCAUCAAGUUUUCUUUUCUUUAGAUGAGCAGUCCCACCGCAAGGUCCGUUUUUCUGUCCACACGUUUAGUGAAAAGGCUUGUAGAGAAGCUAGGUGCACCUUCAGCAGCUUGCCUGGGACGCUGCAGCCCCACGUCCAGCGUCCUCGUGCACAGGCGCUGCCUUCCCCCAAUGCGGCUGGGCUCUCUGCCACCUGUGACAGGCCUGCUCGGGACCCCGUAGCCGCUCUCUGUGGAGACUUGGGCCCUCCCAGCCCUGCCCACGUUUGUAGGGGUUUGUUGCUCAGUCCCUCCCUCAGUUUUCUGUCGUCUGUCUGGGGUGCUGUGACAGAAUCCCAGUCUCGGGUCGGGAAGCCCGAGAUCAGGGCACUGGCAAGGUUGUGGGGGGCUCUUCCUCCUGUAUGUUCUUACGAGGAAACUAGUUCCUGAAGACUCCACCUCAGGACCCUUUGGGCCUGGAGAUCCACCCGCCGACACCAUCAACAGUGGGGCACAUAAGACGCUCAGCCACAGUGUCCUCCCCCGGCUGCCAGCCUGUCCCCCAGAAGGACUGAAGUAAACUGCCUUCCCUGUGGGCUGAACCGGGCUUGUUCCCUGAGCCGUGACGGCAGGCUCUGCCCAGGGGCACCGCGGAGCCCGCUGGGCAGACACAGCCCCCACUGGCUGGAGUGCUCGGCCGCAGGCCGUCUGCUGGGCGGCUGGAAGCGUGUCCCCUGAGACUGGACUCACAGCUCUGUGGUGUUGGAAUGUCCUGUGAUCAGCCCUCAGGCCACAGGGAUCUUGCAGGAGUGAGACUGAACUUUGGUUGGCAGCCUCUUUGGUCUCUCUUCCCUGCUCUGGAGAAGGUUUGUGAGAAGUGCAGACAGGACCUGCCCUGGAGAGUGAGGUGUCCCGCUCGCAAAGAGUGAGGCCAGUGUUGCCGUCACAGCCGGAGGGCCGGCCCUCGGAGGCACCGAGGCAGUGUGAAGAGAAGCCGUGCAGCCAUUGUGGAGCCAAGGCCGGCAGGGGACAGGCACAGCCCACCGACGCACAGCCUCGUACCUGGACAUGGACAGCACGCCAGAGGAAGGCCAGGGUGCACACACAGGGGAUGGCGCAGGGUGGGGGCACGGGGCCCCAAAGGGCAGUGCUGGGGCAGGGCCACGCCCUGCCAUGCUGAGGGGACAGAGCCCUCACCCCCUGUGGCAGGUGUGUCUCAGUGGGUCACACGAGAAGCAGGACGACGUCCUCUGGUCAGGGAGAGGUGGCCGCUCCAGAGGCCCAAGGCCGGGGUCUCAGGGAGGGGGGAUGCAGAGCCUCUGGACUCGGCUUGGUCCUCUGUGGACUUUGCUUCGAUAAAAACGACAUUAAAGAUGUGUUUUUGUAAUGUUGGAGUUAAGCGUGAUAUCUGCCCGUGGAGCCCCGCUGAGUGGGGGUGCCCACGCUUCCUCCCUCGACAUGGGGCCCUGACCCCAGUGCUUGAUGUGCAGAGUUUCCCUCUUGCUGGCGUGUGCCCUCCCCUCCCUCCUCUUGUUGACUCAACCUGGGAAGCCCAGGGACACACAUUAACCAGGCCUGAGGUUCUGGAGUGAGACUUUUCCCCCCGAGACCUCAGUGCUGUUCUUCGGCCCACUGCAUCCCCUUCCUGCUGUGAGGCCACAGGCCCCCCCACCCUUGAGCAUCCGUGUCCACGCAGACCACGUGGCGGUGGUCCUUACAUGGACUCGGAAGUCCAGGCUGCAGGCGCCCCGCACAGCCCUGUGGCCGGUGGGCGUGGGUUUGUGGGGCCCGGGCCUGCUGUUUCUUCCGCCGGUGUGGGAAGGGUUUGUUGUGUGCUGUUCU